GCAAACUUUCCCUCUCGACCGCUAUCACCACAUCCUCGCAUCCUCUCUUACCCCAUACACACCUCCAUCAUCACCCACCAUGACUGAAUACGUAAAGAUCGAGAAGAUUGUCCCCAAGUUCCCGCCGCCGGCGUUCGGGGACAUUGCCAAGGCAUCGAACGACCUUAUCAACAAGGACUUCUACCACACUGCCGCAGCUGCCCUUGAGGUCAAGCUCAAGGCUCCCAACGGUGUCAACUUCACCGCCAAGGGCGUCUCCCCCCACUCUGGCCCCGUCGCCUCUUCCCUCGAGGGCAAGAAGGCUCUUUCCAACGGCAUUAGCAUCACCCAGUCCUGGAACACCGCCAAUGUUCUCGCUACCAAGGUCGAGCUCAACGACACCUUUGCCUCCGGCCUAAAGACCGAGGUCCUCUCCAACUUCAGCCCCGCUGCUGGAAACAAGGGCCAGAAGGUCAACUUCCACUUCAAGCAGCCCAACUUCCACGGCCGCGUCUUCGCUGACUACUCCGCCGCUGGUGCCAUUGGCGCUGUUGCCGAUGCCGUCGUUUCCCACGAAGGCUUCGUUGUCGGUGGUGAGGUCGGCUACGAUGUCCAGAAGGCUACCAUCACCAAGUACAGCGCCGCUGUCGGUUACACCACCCCUCUGUACAACGCCGCCAUCACUGCCACCAACUCCCUGAGCGUCUUCUCCGCCGCCUACUACCAGAAGGUCAACCCUGCUGUUGAGGCCGGUGCCAAGGCCACAUGGGACUCCAAGUCCGGCUCCAACGUCGGUCUUGAGCUCGCUGCCAAGUACAAGCUUGACCCCGCCUCUUUCGCUAAGGCCAAGAUCAACAACCUCGGCAUUGCUUCCCUCGCCUACAACACCAAGGUUAACAGCGGUCUGACCUUCGGCAUCGGUGGCUCUUUCGAUACCCAGAAGCUCAACGAGGCCGGCCACAAGCUCGGCACCAGCUUCACCUUCGAGGGUUAAGCGGACGAUGCGUGUAUAGUAGGGCGGGAAGAUGGUGAUCGUUUUAGACUCCCUUUGGUUUCGUAGCGAAGCGCCUAGUCUGCGAUGCAGUGAGCGACUGUAGUAUGGCUUUCUGGCAUGUACAAGAUUGUCUCAAUGCGAAAUUUGGAAAACCGUCUUGGAUUGCCCUUGUGUUGAGGGCAGGUCUAUGACAUAGCUUUGUGCCUGGCGGCCUCCUGCUUGUCGUUUGCUACUUUAAGGCCUGCACCUAUGGAGGCAAUGAUGCUUGCAACAACCAGAAAUCUAGUCAAGUGGGAACCACCUCUAGCAUAUUCUUGGUCUCUCCGGUACAGCAUCGACCGCCGCCGCCUCUUCAGUAUGUGCUCAGUGACCUUUUCGUGGGCCUGCUUGUGCCGGACAUCGUCGAAGUGGGGUACUCCUGACCCUUGACGCUGCUGUCCAGGCCCAUAGCCACCUUGUUCGCCGUAGCCCUCG